CCUCCCUUAGUGGAGAUUGACAGACUGUGAAGAACCUGCUAUCAGAACUGUAUAGGUUAGUGCUGGAUCCAAGGUUGCACAGUACUUAGAAGUUUUCUCUCUCUCUGCAUUUCUCUCUUUCUCAUCCAGAGGAGGCUCUUGAGGUACCAGAGCCAGACGUGGAGGCUGUCAGACCCCGAGUGGGACACGGUAUUUAUCAGUAAACAUGACAAACCCCUGCACGUUGGCUCUGGAACUGCUUGGGAUGCUGAUUGGGACAGGAGGUUGGUUCUGUACACUGGCUGCCACUAUCAUGCCUCAGUGGCUGUCACUGUCAACUGAACUUUUGGCCACAGAGAGCUUUGAGCAAGGGCUGUGGGAGUCCUGUGUGAUGCAGGAGAUAGCUGGCACUGCGUGUCGUCCCUAUGACACUAUCCUAGGCCUGAGGCAAAUACUCACGCUAGCUCGGAUUCUGAUAUGCCUGUCGGAUGCCACAUCUCUUCUUGGACUUCUCCUGGCUAUCCCUGCAAUGAGUCAGAUCAACUGCUGUAAGGGCGAGGAGGGGCAGCGGACCAAGCGGGGUUUGAAGAUCACAGCUGCAGUGUUUUUAACCAUUGCUGGAUUGCUGGCACUUGGUGCCGUCUCGUAUGUCGCCCAUGACACUGUACAGAAGUUUUUUGAUGAGACGAUACCUAAUGUAGUGUCACGUUCAGAGUUUGGAGAUGCACUAUUUGUUGGCUGGGCUGCAGGAUUUCUGGAUGUCGUAGCAGCCGUAUUGUUAUUUGCGUCUUGUUUUGGCUCAAGAGACAGUGAACCACAUCUGGUUUAUCACCAUCAGAGACAAGUGAUCAGAACUGUUGAUGAACCUUCAAGGCGACACACUGAGUAUGUUUGAGUGUACAUUGUGUUCAAAUGCCUCUAUAGACAAUUGAUGGAACAGAAAACAACACAUUUUAGAUACUUUAUGAACUUACUUAUCUUUAUCUUAUUAAGGUUGUUUUCCCUCUUUUGUACUUACACUCAAUGUAUCCUUUAAUCAAACCCAUGAAAGAAGCAAAGAAUUAUUAUGCAUUUAUCUUUCAGUAUCUGAGUAGUCUAUUUGAUUUUCCUCAUUUGUCAUAUAGGUAACAUAUUAAUCUUUAAAGUUUUUCAGUAUAUUUUUAAUUGCUUUCAAAGAACUGUAGUGAAUGAAAGGUAAUAACCUUUUUAGUAAACAGUUUGUGAAUUUUCAUAAAUUAAUUUUGAUCACAAAUAUUGUUUUCUUUUUUACCUUUUGGGAUAAAUUUGAGGUGUUUUCCUUACUUUUUUCCCUUCGCUGUCAUAAAGUGUUUAAAAUGUUUAAAGGUAAGACUUUGGUCACAUCUUUAUUUGGUAUUCUGCAGCAUGCCUUAGUGCACUGCUUUUCUAGAAGACAUGUACUCUUAAUGUCAAUGCAUAUUGUUUGGAGAGCAAGUGAACAGCACUUGAAAACCAGCAAGGGAUAAUCCUGAAUACUUUCUACUUUUAUUUAGGAAUUUAGGAAUUACAUCACAAGCUAACUGAGCUCAUCAGUUAUAUAUAUCAGCAUAUAUUAUACAUGAAAUGUAGUUGUUUAUGCAUUUCUAGUUUUUUUGAGUAAAUGCAAAAAAAGCAUUAUGUAUUAAUUUACAGAAUUAUGUGAAGUCCUGCCGACAUCAGCUUUAAAACAAAAAGAGUACAAAUAGGAUACUGGAA